AGACCCUUCCGCGGCUGCAGCGAGAGCGGAGGUGUCAGAGCCUUUAGCGAGUGCUGCUCCAGAUUGCUUGGAUCUCACACCCAUUGCUCAAGAGGCUGAUCCACACCUGAGUGGAGACAUCAUAAGAGCCCAACCAAACAUUUGACAUCCUGCACCAGAGAAGAAGAAAGCAAUGCCCAUGAAGCCUGCAGAGAGUGAAGAGAAUCCUUGCACUGCUGUUUAUCGCCGACCCUACAGGGACAGGGUGAUUCAUUUACUUGCUCUGAGGACGUACAAGAAGCCAGAGCUGCUUGCCCGCUUGCAGAGAGAUGGAGUCAUGCAAAAGGACAAGGGUACCCUUGGCAAGAUCCUCCAGCAGCAAAUCGGCUCCAUCUCAGAACCCCACCAGCACCAGCCAAGCGCCAUCCCCGGGACCUUCUGAGACAGACGCUCCAGCAAGACCUGCUCAGAAACGGCCUCUGGCUUCUGACUUUACCAGUCCUGUGAUGAGCAAGAAGAGGCGAAUUGGUCACCAGCAGUUCACCAGUCACAUCCAGCCAGCAGCUGAAGGUCUCUCUUCUUCCUGGGUGCUGCCUUCCAUUGCCAGUCGUACUCAGAACAUGUCUCCAAGGGUUGGCUCCAUUUCCUCCUGCACCCCUGAGGUGCACCAGAAUGACAAGUUCCAGAGUUCUAGUGUCCCAGAGCCUGCCAGGGUGCAGAUGGAGAUGCCCAGUUCAAAGGGGAAGAAAAAUGAAUUGGGAAGGCUGAAGCAGUCACAUCCUUUGGAUUUCGAUGAAGGACAAAGAAAACAUACUUCCAUUGUCUCCACAUGCUCUGCAACAAACACCCAAGCAGACUACCUGAGAAAAUACAUCGCCAUAGUCUCCUUGGAGCAACGCCAGCACUACAAGGAUGACUUCAAUGCAGAGUAUGAAGAAUACAGGAAUUUACAUUUUCAGAUUGACAAGAUCAACAAGAAUUUCAUACAGUUUCAUGAGCAAUGGAAGUGUCUCAUUCCAGGCUCUGAAGACCAUCAGAUGUUGCUUCAUCGAAUCCUAACAGAGUAUCAGCAGUUACAACAGGUAUGUGUGACACCAGACCUGCAGGGCCAUGGUUACUGCUGAGUCUGGCUCAAGGCUUUUUUAAAGCAAAGGACAUCAGAUUCUAAACUCUGCAGAAAUGUCUGUAAGCCCUAAUUUUCUUUUGCUUUCUCCUUCACAGGGUAGCCCCAGCUACUCUGAAAUGAAGAGCAGGUGCCAGUACCUCCACAAAAAGCUGUCCCAUAUUCAGAGCAGAAUAUCUGAAUAUGAUAAGCAAUGAGUGGAAUUCUGGCACCACAGAUCUGCUUCAGCCUUCAUUAUCAGUGACCUCUGUAUUUUUAUUUCAAAUUUCAGAUUAGGUGUUUAGGGUUAUAUAAGUUAGUAUUGAACAGUAGCUUACAAUAGAACUGAGGAGUAGAUUCAUUGUUAAAAAUGUAGGAUUAGAUCAAAGAAGUUUAGGAUGUUUUAGAAGUAGGAAGAAGUUAGUGUUGAACUUUAACAAUAAAGGAAUUUCACUGUUGAUAACUCCUUCUCGUAUUGGGGCUUGUAUGGUAUUUGGAGGGGCUUCCAUCUGAUCCGUUCUUUUCUUCAAGCCUCUAGGUUUAUCCAUUGAAAUAAACUUUUCAGUAGAAGGUGGAAGCCCAGUACCUCUUCUAUGAAGCUUUGCACAUUUGAAGAAAAUACUGUGGCAAAUUAAAAUUCUUUUUGAUAUGU